GAUGACGCCACUGCGCUUCGCCUCCUCCGUUGCGUCCGCGCCCGCCGCUCGCCGCUGCGUCGGCCUCGGCCUCGGAGGCGCAGCCAUCGCAUGGCACGCGAGUCAUCGCACGCCCGCAUGCGAGGAGGCCGCGCCGGGCCGGCGCGAAGCCAAGCUCUUGGUCGCUUCCCCAGCAGAGGCCACGCCGUCGCUGGCUGCGCGCUGCAUUGCGGAGGCCCUCGGCACCGGCAUCAUCGUCGCCGGCGGCUGCGGUGCAGUGUGCACGAGCAAGUACGCGGGCGGCAACUCGACCCUCUUCGGCGUUGCCGCGGCCUGGGGAAUGUCGGUCGCGCUGGCCGUCUACGUGACUCGCGCUGUCUCUGGCGCCCACCUCAACCCUGCGGUGACCUGCGCGCUGGUGGCCAUCGGCAAGGCGCCCGCCGAGGAGGCGCCUCUCUACAUCGGCGCUCAGUGCGCAGGCGCCUUUGUCGCCGCCGGUGUGAACUACGCCAUCUUUUCGGCCGCCAUCGUGGCGCACGAGGCGGCGGCGGGUAUCGUGCGCGGCUCGGCCGCCUCGGCGGCGUCGUACGCCGGCGCCUUUGGAAUGGUGCCCAAUGCAGCCGUCGUCGGCGCAGCCGGCGCCCUCCUCGCUGAGGCGUACAUGACGUCGAUUCUCACCUUCAUCAUCCUCGGCGCGGGAGACGCCGACGCGGCGUCGGUGCCCGCCGGAGCCCAGCCCGCCGUCAUCGGCGCCGCGGUCGCGGCUCUGAUCUGCACGUUUGGGCCCGUCACCGGCUGCGGGAUGAACCCGGCGCGCGACCUAGGGCCGCGGCUGGUGACGCUGUUGACAGGGUGGGGCGGCGCGGCGACGACGGCGUGGUACGCGUACACGGUCGGCCCCGUCAUCGGCGCCGUGGCGGGCGCGUUCGCCUACCAGGAGCUGGUCGCGCCGCACACGAAGCGCAAGGGGGCGUGACAUGGGCCGUGAGCUGUGUGUGAGAGUCUUCCGUCUGACACCCUCACAAACCCCCUCUAGCUAGUACCUAGUAGUCGUGCGCAUCGUCCGCGCG